AUGCGCGUCGCUAUUCUUCUCGGCGCAUUGGCAACAUCCGUUCAUGCUGAUACUAACUAUCGCCUCUGCACCUGUACAGAAAAUAAGAAAAUCGCAGAAAGCAGAUCCUUGGACAUCACGGACAGUAGUGGGGGAAAAUAUGUGAUCAGCACUAAAGUGUGGACCGGGAAAGAGAGAGCCCCUUUAGAAGGGAUGUAUUUCCACGAUAUUGGUGCGAGUUUCCACUCCGGUAACGUGCAUGGUGACGGGUGGAUUACUGUAUCGCAAGCUACGAGAUUGUGCCAAGCCGCCGGGGCCCCGGAGACCAACCCGUCUGCAGCUUGCUUCACGCCUAAAGAAACGCUUGACCAUCCCUUGCAAGCCUGCAAUCGACAGAGCCCACGUAAAUGUCGUCCAUUCGCACAAUACCUGCGCGCUUCAAUAUGGUAUUUGCUGAUCUUACCAGGACGGAGGGACAAAGCUCAUGAAGCUAAAAGGAAAUCCCUCAUCUAUUAA